AUGCUUUGCUCCUUUGAGAACCGUCUAGUGCAGUUCAUCUGUCAGUUGUCCGUUUGGAUCCAUGGUUCCAUGAAGAACCUUAAGCAUCCACAGAAUCUUUCCAUUGCACAGAAGUUCCAUGGUGCUCCUAAACCGUAUGAGGACAUGUUGAAGUGGUUGAACAUCAUCUUCACAGCUCUCUUCACGCUGGAGUGCAUUCUCAAGGUCAUCGCCUUUGGCCCUCUGAACUACCUAAAGGAGGCAUGGAAUAUUUUUGAUUUUGUUACUGUGCUGGGGAGCAUCACUGAUAUCCUGGUUACUGAGAUCAAGACGGAUAAGAGGAUUAAUCUGAGUUUCCUGAGACUCUUCCGGGCCGCUCGUCUCAUUAAACUCCUGCGUCAGGGCUACACCAUUCGCAUCCUGCUCUGGACCUUCGUUCAGUCCUUUAAGGCUCUACCGUAUGUGUGUCUCCUCAUUGCAAUGCUCUUCUUCAUAUACGCCAUCAUCGGGAUGCAGGUGUUUGGUAACAUCAUGUUGUCCGAGGAGUCAGCUAUCAACAUUCACAAUAACUUCCAAACUUUUUUUCAGGCCCUCAUGUUGUUGUUCAGGAGUGCUACAGGGGAGGCUUGGCAUGAAAUUAUGCUGUCUUGUCUGAGCGACAGGCCAUGUGACCGUGACUCUGGCUAUACUGGAAAAGAGUGCGGCAGUGAUUUCGCUUACUUCUACUUUGUCUCUUUCAUCUUCCUUUGUUCCUUCCUGAUGCUGAAUCUGUUUGUCGCCGUCAUCAUGGAUAACUUUGAGUACCUGACACGUGACUCUUCUAUUCUCGGGCCUCAUCACCUCGACGAGUUCAUCCGUGUCUGGGCUGAGUACGACCCUGCCGCCUGUGGAAGGAUACACUAUAUGGAUAUGUACAAUUUGUUGCGCAUAAUCUCACCCCCCCUUGGUUUAGGAAAGAAGUGUCCUAAUAGGGUGGCAUACAAGCGGUUGGUGAGGAUGAACAUGCCCAUAGCUGAAGACAGUACGGUUCACUUUACCUCCACUUUAAUGGCUCUCAUCCGGACCGCCCUGGAGAUUAAACUGGCAUCAGGAGUUCUGGCUCAGCGGCUAUGUGAUGCUGAAUUAAGGAAGGAAAUAAAUAAAAUUUGGAGUAACUUGUCUUCGAAAACAGUAGACCUGCUGGUGACACCUCAUAAACAUAAUGAACUGACUGUAGGGAAGGUCUAUGCUGCUCUGAUGAUUUUCGACUACUAUAAGCAGAACCGAGCCAAAAGACUCCAACAGCAGCAGGCUGCACCAGGCACACAGAGUAAAGUUGGUGUUCUCUUCAGACCAAUGCUUCCUCUCACACACUUGCACGAUCAGGAGCCACUAGUGCUGAAAGCCCCGCCCUCUUCUCAAUCAGAUACCACACCACAGCCAGAUGCCCCGCCCACAUCUUUUCACCUGACCAAUGGGGAUGCAGUACAAAGCCAGAGCAGUGCCAUGAAAAAGUCUCCAUCGGGAGGUAUACCUCAGGAAGUCACACAGGAAGUGAACAGAAGGCCUGUCCAACGGGGCCAAUCGGAAGAUGUGCCAAACACAUACAGAUCUCAGGAAUUAGUUGAGAUGACUGACAUGGAGAAUGACUCUGAUGUGGGCGGGUAUCCUGUGCUGGAGGGUCACGGCAGAGCUGCCUCCAUGCCCAGACUCAAUGCUGGCUUUCAGCGGAGCCACUUACGCCACACCGCCGGAACAUAUCUAGCACCUAUCGCAGACGUGAGUCCCAUGCGGCGGUCUACAUCCUCGUUGACACCACAGAGAGGGGUGCGAGAGGUUAAUCUGAGCGAUUAUGACCUGGAGAGGCCCAAGAUGGCCCCGGGCCAGACCCUCACUCAGGAGAGAGAGAGGGAGCGAGCCCAUCAUCAUCAUCACCAUCAUCAUCACCGCUGCCAGUGGCGCAAAGACAAGAAGCACAAAUCGCUGAAUCGAGCCAUCAGCGAGGAGCAGCCACCGCCUGCAGCAGAUCCAAACACUGAGUCACCGCCUAGGGAACGAUCACGAGAGCGAGACCGCGGCCGCUCCCACGAGAGGAAGCACCAUUCAUCCUCAGCGGCGGAAAGGAAGCAGCGAUACUACUCUUGUGAUCGCUACGGCAGCCAUGAACAAGGCCACAUUGUGUCCGCCGGGCCCAGCAGAUCCACAUCGCCAGGAGAACCCCAUGACCCAAACAGGCUUAAGCAGGGAAUUAACACCGCUAAAGGAAGUUCAGUCAUUCAUACCUCAGGCACCAGCACACCCUGCCGUGGGCGUAGACAGCUCCCUCAGACGCCCCUUACGCCUCGGCCUGCUGUUGCCUACAAGACUGCCAACUCCUCUCCGGUCCAGCUCAACAGUGCCCAGUCUACAGGGCCCUGCCCCACUCGCCUUAGUCGUGGCCUGUCAGAGCACGAUGCCCUACUCAGCGGUAGCACCCACCGCCAAUCUCCCGUGCCUGUCACUCGUAUCGGCUCUGACCCCAACUUGGGUCCCCUCCAGCAAGACUCAAACUUGUCUGAAGCGGAUGACUUCCACGAUGCCUUGAGUACGUACGGCACGGGCCGCUGCCCCAGGACUGCAGCCUCCAUCGCCCACACAUCAUCAGGUGCGGCCCCCACUUCCACACUGCUCUCGCGCAGCCAGAGCGGAGUCCCCAACGGGUAUCACUACUCCCUCGGCGUGAACGCAGCGCCUGGUUCAAGCGGCAGAGCAUCUGGAAGCUAUCAGGAAACUGAGAGAAAUGACUGGUGUUAGCAUGAUUCAAUCUAGCAUGAGUUUUAUCGUCUUUGCCCCGGGGGAGGAGGAAGCCGUGUUUUGGAGGGAAACAAGAGUUACGUCCGCAGUUUACACUAUUUACAACUGUUUACCAUCAGCUUGAGCCUAUAUGGUUUUAUAAAGAUGUUCUUCUCCUGUUUAGAAAGUAGCAGACGUCCUUGUGACUUGUUUACGAAAGUUGUGGCAAGAUGGAAAGCGCUUGGAGGUCUUGAUAGUUUUCAAACUGAAUAGUUUAGCCUCAAGUGACACUCCCCACCUCUUUUAAUUUCAUUAGGGCUGAUUCCACAAGGGUCACAUGCAAGGAGAUGAUCACAUCAGCUGUGCCUGUGAUCAAGACCUCAGACCUCAGAGAGGAAGACGCCCAAAAACACAAGCUAUGGUGAAAACAGUUGUGUGGAAAAAGUGAGACAUUUAGUUGUUGAGAUUUGAGAGGUUCUUUAGACUCUUUGCACAGCACACAAUGACUGAAAAGUUAUUUCUAGGGAUUUUGGCAGUGUGUCCACCAAAACAUUUUUUUUGUUGUUGUUCCUAAAGCCAGCGUAUAUUUUUAAUUGUUUGCAAUGGGAGCACCACAUACUAGUGUGACGUGGUCGCAAGCGUCUGUUCCAUGCUCAGCGUUUCACUGCUGUUUUUUUUCUGGUCGUUGAGAGUUGAACAGUGUUCAUCUUUGGGUAAAAUGUCGCACUCGUCACUGCCACUUUUUACCUAACCGUACAUUUGCAUUGGAGGAGGGGUGGGACAAAUACCACACUGAUCAACCAUCACAUUCUACUUGUACAAUGAUUGAAUAACCAUCGUCUGACACCUUCGUAUUGCAACAUUAAUGUGAAAAAAAAAAAUGCUUGAAGGAACAUUUAGUUCGUCAUGGGUCUACCAGGGAAACAGCUAAACGCUGUGCCUCUAAAGCGGCUGGCAUAUUUGUUGGCUAAAAACUCUUUGGUGGACACACAACCUAAAGGUUUGCGCUGCUGAAAUUCUACUUCUUUCUCUAGCAUGAGUGGAAUAGUUGGUCUGCUCCCACCUACUGAAAAAAGGCCAAAUUGAACGCACUUUUCUAUCAGACUGCAGUAGAUUGAAUAUCAUUUCACAGUGUUCCAUUUUGUACCUUGUAAAUGAUCUGAGUAUAGCUGGACAUUAUGUAAGGUCUAAUCAUUUUCUUACUCUCUUGAGGUAAGAUACCAAGUGCCUAAACUUUGAGAUUUUAUUGCCACAUUGGUGCGUGAUGCAUUAAGAAGCAUUUGGCGUAAGAGAGGCAAUGAACAGUUGCUGUAUGCUGUAGGUUAAAUGUCACUGAUAUUUUUUUCUUAGAUAUACUUGAGCAUGUAUUUGAGGAAAGAAAUUGCACAAAACAAAGACUGUAGCAUUGUAAAGUUCAGGUGGAUGUUGAUGAUGUUGGUCUAUUCAGAGUGUGUUAUUGAAAUGAUUCAGGGGAAAGUAGAUGAUAUAUUAAAAAUGCUAAUGCAGUUGAGUUAUAGAAGACUGAAAGGUUGUAUUUGUUGGUUGCUGUUGGUGUCAGUGUUGUUUCCAGAGGGCAUAUUAUGAGCUCAGACCUUUCUCUUUCAGUAAUUGAUUAAAAGAGGAAGAAGUUGAGACAGAUUGAAGCACUUAGUCAACUUUCUCUUGUAUCUGUUAUUCACCACACAAAAAGAUUCAGAGCUACCAAUGUGAAAUAAAGAAUGUUGUUUUCUCUCAAUUAGUGAGAUACUGUAAUGUUUUGGAUGAUAGUUAACAAAUCAAGGUUAAUUUAUUCAGAAUAUGUAUUUUACUCUGUUUCUUCCCAUGUUUUUAAUUUGUCGACAGUAUCUUUUCUGUCUGAAGGGUUUAUUACAUGUUGGUAUUUUUAGGGUGAGCGCAGUAGAGCGCAACAGUGGCUGUCUGCUUUUUCAGCAGCCUUGGUUAAGGAAGUAUUUUAUUUUCAUUGUCUUCAUGGGAAUUUCAAGCAAAAAUGUAAUUGAAGCAAAAAAGUAUACGAAAAUUUGGGGGAACUAACUUUCUGAUUUACAGUAUAAAGCUACUGGGAGAAAAAAAAUAAAUAAAUGAAACAUCUUACGCGAUUUUCAUGAUUGGCAAAUCUCUUUACAGGAUUAUGAGUGGUACAGUAGUUCUUUACAGGAAUUUUUGCUUAAGAAUCUCAACACUUAUAAUGAGUAAUUUAAAAGUUACAUUGGACUUCUCUGUGGAGAAAAUUUAUGGAAUUUUUUACCUGUGGAACCUGACUGUUGUGCUCUUAAAUAUCUAAGUGCAGGGAAAUGUUGACUGCUGAAGUACAGUAGGGCUAUAUGC